CCUUGUGGGCGCUCAAAAUUACGCCGUUUCGGCGAAGCUGUUCCGUUCGUGUUCCUCAGACAACGGACCACGUACGGCUCCGAAGACUCCGUAAGAUCAAAAAACGAGGAACACAGGAACGAAAGACAUUUCGCAGAGCAGAGGAAAAAGCUUCUUCAGGUCGUCGAUUCGAUCGGUUUCCGGUGACUUCUCUGGCCCGCCGCCGCAUUCCGUUGUCUGUUCGAAAUAUGACUAAUGACCGGAGUGCUGCAGUUGCGAGCUAUGAUGGAUUGGUGUUUGGACUGCUGAAAAGAUAAAAGAGAGGGAGUCAAAUAUAUGCGGAAAAUUAAAGGUGAAAAAUGCUCGAAAACCAAUAUGCAGAGGGUAGCGAGAAUGGGGAAGAUGAGCUCGUCCGAAAAUUGUGUGCAAAUGGGAUUUGCAUGAAAACCACAGAAGUUGAAGCAAAGCUCGAUGAGGGAAAUAUUCAAGAGGCAGAAUCUUCUCUGAGAGAGGGAUUAUCUCUCAAUUUUGAGGAGGCGAGAGCACUUCUUGGAAGGUUGGAGUACCAAAGAGGGAAUCUAGAGGGCGCCCUUCGUGUGUUUGAAGGUAUCGAUCUCCAUGCAGCCAUACAGCGGUUGCAGGCAUCGGUCCCUGAGAAGCCAGCUCCUAAGAAAAACCGUUCCCGUGAUUCAAAUCAUUCGGUUUCACAACAUGCAGUUAGCUUGCUCCUCGAGGCUAUAUAUCUGAAGGCCAAAUCCCUUCAAAAGCUUGGAAGAUUAACCGAGGCUGCUCGUGAAUGUAAAAGUGUUCUUGAUUCUGUGGAGAAGAUAUUUCAACUGGGAAUACCCGAUGCUCAAGUGGAUAACAGACUUCAGGAGACCGUUAGCCAAGCUGUAGAACUGCUCCCGGAGCUCUGGAAAGAGGCUGGCGAUUAUCAAGAAGCGAUAUCGGCUUAUAGAAGGGCACUUCUCAGCCAGUGGAAUCUAGACAAUGACCGAUGUGCUCGGAUUCAGAAAUGUUUUGCCGUGUUCCUCUUACAUUGCGGAGUGGAAGCCAGUCCCCCGAGUUUGGGUUCUCAGAUUGAGGGAUCUUAUGUGCCGAGAAAUAACUUAGAAGAGGCCAUACUUCUUCUGAUGAUCCUUCUGAAGAAAUUCAACCUUGGUAAGGCGAAAUGGGACCCAUCGGUAAUCGAACACCUCACUUUUGCGCUCUCUCUGUGCAGUCAGACUUCUGUUUUGGCGAAACAGCUUGAGGAAAUCAUGCCGGGUGUCUUCAAUCGUGUCGAGCGUUGGAACAGUAUGGCUCUUUCGUACAGUGCAGCCGGGCAGAGCAGUGCCGCCGUGAAUCUGUUGAGGAAGUCUCUGCAUAAACACGAACAGCCCGAUGAUCUGGUGGCUCUCUUGAUGGCUGCAAAGCUCUGCAGCGAGGAUCCUCGGCUCGCGGAAGAGGGUGCCAGCUAUGCUCAGAGAGGUAUAGACCAUGCUCAAGGGAUGGAUGAGCAUCUGAAAGGUGUCGGCUUGCGAAUGUUAGGUCUUUGUUUGGGAAAACGAGCGAAAAUCUCCUCGUCCGAUUUCGAAAGAUCCCGAUUCCAGUCAGAAGCGUUGAAAGCUUUGGACGGAGCUGUAGCUUUCGAGCACAACAACCCGGAUCUGAUCUUCGAAUUAGGCGUUCAAUACGCGGAGCAACGGAAUCUAAAGGCUGCUUCACGUUAUGCAAAGGAGUUCAUCGACGCGACUGGAGGUUCCGUGCUGAAGGGAUGGAGAUUCCUCGCCCUCGUUUUAUCGGCUCAGCAACGUUUCUCGGAGGCCGAGGUCGUGGUCGAUGCCGCUUUAGACGAGACCGCUAAAUGGGAUCAAGGGCCGCUUCUCAGGCUGAAAGCGAAGCUGAAGAUCGCUCAGUCGAAGCCGACAGAAGCCAUCGAGACAUACCGUUAUCUACUUGCUUUGGUUCAAGCCCAGAGAAAAUCUUUCGGACCACUCAGAAGUGUAACUCAGUUGGAGGAAGACAAAGUCAACGAGUUCGAAGUCUGGCAUGGAUUAGCGAAUCUGUACUCCAGCCUCUCGCACUGGAACGACGUGGAAGUAUGUCUGGAAAAGGCCAGAGAACUGAAACAGUACUCUGCAUCAAUGCUGCAUACAGAAGGUCGGAUGUGGGUGGGACGAGGAGACGGGAAAGCUGCGAUAUCGGCAUUCUUGGACGGUCUGUUAUUGGACCCAACUUCGGUUCCAUGCAUAGUGGAGCUGAGCUCGCUGCUGUCGGAGAGAGGGAAAGAUCACAGUCCGACGCUACCGGUGGUGAGAAGCCUGCUGUCUGACGCGUUGAAGUUGGACCCGACGAACCGGAUGGCAUGGUACUACUUGGGGAUGGUUCACAAACACGACGGACGCGUGGCUGAUGCCACGGACUGCUUCCAGGCUGCGUCCAUGCUCGAAGAGUCCGACCCCAUUGAGAGCUUCUCGACCAUUCUUUGAUCUGGACAAAGGUGUCCACUCUACUCAAGCACCCCGUCCCCACCUUGUGAGAUAAUAUACACGAUAUAUAUAAAAAUCCUAUAUAUUGAUUUUGUUGUUUUAUUUAUGUACAAUCUUUUCUCCGUUAUGGUUUCAGCUGAAUAUAUAUAUAUAUAUAACGGUUC